AUGGCAGCUAGAGGGAACUGGGCAUCUCUACCCAGUGUUGUCCUGAAAGAUAUUUUUUCGUACCUUUCUCCCAGAGACAGAAUCAGGGCAUCUUCAGUAUGUCACAGAUGGAGAAGCUUUCUCUUCCUGCCGCAGUUCUGGCCGGUGAUAACGUUCGACCUAAGCAGCUACAAAAGUCGCCAGAGGUCCAGAUUUCUCAGUUGCAAGUGCGCGAAAUUCCUGAAGGAAGCCACAAUUGAGUUCGAUUCAACACGAAGUUCACAGAUUUGGGAUUGUACACGGUUACUCGAACAACUUUCGAGCAAUGGACAGCUAGAAUGUAUUACACUACGACCUUCUAGCUGUUAUUUGUAUAAUGAGGAUAAUAGUUUAGAAAGCUUCCUGGAGUCCCUUCAGAUUGUGGUAAAAAGGAACAGACGCCUGCUUCACUUGUCGUUGGGCUGUACUGAGAUCAUUCUUAACAACUCCCAGGAGAUGUUACACCUGUUGGUGAAAUAUCAUGCCUCACAUAUACAGUCCUUGCAUCUCUCCAGCAUUAAAGAGAAUUCAAACUCUUAUGAUCUUCCAUUACUGAAAGUGGACAACAUCUCCUGUUUCACAAAUCUUCGUUCAUUGAGUUUGGACUACGAUUUUAUCACUCCAAAUCUCAUGUCCAGUUUGGACAGUCGCAUCUGCACUGCUCCUCCUCUAAAGUACCUCAUCAUUCAUGUCCACCGAGUGAACCAGUGGCAGAUCACAGACAACAUGUGGAGGCAGGUCACGCAGGCAAACCCAGGUCUGGAGCUCACAUUAAAUCUUGUCCACUCAGCAGAAGGUCUUCAGUCUCUCUUGGACAUUCUCAGGCCCUCCAUGCCUUUAGCCCACAUUCGGCAGUAUUUCUGUGAGGAUAUAAGUAUUGCCUCUCUAAACUUCAUCAGCAGUCACUAUCGUAACACACUUCGUUCCCUCACUAUUGUGGAGGCGAUAGACAUGCAGCCCAUCAGCUACGAUACCUAUGAUGCAGAAGAUCCAUUUGUCAUGCUGGCUUGGCGCUGCACACGACUUGAAUCUUUGAAAUUGAUUGGUGUUUCAUUAGACCAGAAAGACUUGGUAGCAAUCGCACGCUUGAGAAGCGGCCUGCAUCAGUUGGUGAUACCAUCAUGUUGUGUGUUUUGGAGUGAAGAGGAUGAAGAUUACUACUGUGAUGAGGAUGAGGCACUCACAGACCUGCAGCUGAAG